AUGGACGCCCCGCUGCUUCAAGAUGAAGCUGCCCGCGAUAACAAGCGAGCGGCAACGGAGUUUCUUGACCCAGUUGAUCCACGAGCUCGAAGGUUUUACCGCGCCGACAUAGCUGUGAUGAUAAAUAGGGGACUUCGCAGAUUCACGAUUAGUAUUGACGAUAUCCGAGCCCACAGCCCAGAGCUAGCUAAAGGACUACUCACUUCACCCUUUGAGUAUACACUGGCAUUUGACCAGGCAUUGCGAGAAAUUGUCACAACCAUAGCCAGUCAACCACGAAGAGCUGAUUCCGAUGAGACCGAAUAUUACUGUGCAUACGUUGGUGCAUUUGGUGAAUAUGCUUGCAACCCUCGAACGCUCAGCUCAUCGCAUUUAAACCGGAUGAUCGCUCUUGAGGGUAUCGUAACAAAAUGUUCUCUCGUCAGACCAAAGGUUAUUCGAAGUGUCCAUUACAACCCCAAGGACAAAGCCUUUUUGUCAAGGACGUACCAGGAUCAGACCAUGACAGCUAGUGGAUCGACUAGUUUAAAUGUAUACCCACAGCAGGAUGAACAUGGAAAUCCACUUAUAACUGAGUAUGGAUACUGCAAAUAUCGAGACCACCAAAUGAUAUCCAUACAAGAAAUGCCAGAAAGGGCGCCUGCUGGACAGCUCCCACGUGGCGUUGAUGUUAUCCUUGAUGAUGAUCUUGUUGACAAGGCUAAGCCAGGAGACAGGAUACAACUCGUAGGAGUUUACCGAUCCCUUGGAAAUCGAAAUGCAAGCUCAAGCAGUUCCACUUUCCGCACGGUCGUCAUUGCGAAUAAUAUUAUCCAUCUUGCGUCCAAGUCCGGUGGUGGAAUUGUCCAACCCACAAUAACGGAUACUGAUGUUAGAAACAUUAAUAAAUUGGCAAAGAAGAAGAAUAUUUUCGACCUUCUUUCCCAAUCCCUUGCGCCAAGUAUAUAUGGCCAUGAUUAUAUCAAGAGAGCUAUAUUGCUCAUGCUACUGGGAGGAAUGGAGAAGAAUCUUGACAAUGGAACCCAUCUUCGUGGAGACAUUAACAUUCUAAUGGUUGGUGACCCAUCCACAGCCAAAUCUCAACUUCUACGAUUUGUUCUCAACACUGCUCCAUUGGCUAUUGCCACUACCGGUCGAGGUUCAUCUGGUGUUGGUCUUACUGCUGCCGUGACAACCGACAAGGAAACUGGAGAGCGUAGGCUAGAAGCCGGUGCUAUGGUUUUGGGAGAUCGAGGAGUGGUGUGCAUUGACGAGUUCGAUAAGAUGAGUGAUGUCGAUCGAGUUGCAAUCCACGAAGUUAUGGAACAGCAGACUGUCACGAUUGCAAAGGCCGGUAUUCAUACGUCUUUGAAUGCCCGGUGCAGCGUUAUUGCAGCCGCAAAUCCAAUCUUUGGACAAUACGACACUCACAAGGAUCCCCAUAAGAAUAUUGCCCUCCCUGAUUCACUUUUGUCCCGUUUUGAUCUUCUCUUUGUAGUGACAGACGAUAUUGACGACAAGAGAGAUAGGCUUGUUUCUGAGCAUGUUCUUCGAAUGCACCAGUACCGUGACCCAAGACAGGAAGAAGGGGCUCCCGUACGUGAACAAACCGGCUCCAGUCUUGGGGUCGGCCUUGAAGAGAGCCAGGACAAGAAUAGAACGACCGAGGUGUAUGAGAAGUUCAACGUGAUGCUUCAUGCUGGUAUCUCUCAGACUGGCAGAAAGGCUGGCAAGAAGGUGGAAGUGCUAAGCCUUCCCUUUGUCAAGAAAUAUAUCCAAUAUGCCAAAUCGCGAAUUAAGCCAAUUCUUAGCAAGGGCGCCGCCGACCAUAUUGUGAGCACAUACUCUGCUCUCCGAAACGAUGAGUUGCUUGGAAACCAGAGAAAGACCUCCCCCAUGACUGCUCGUACGCUCGAGACCUUAAUCCGUCUCUCCACGGCCCAUGCAAAGGCACGUCUGUCCAACCGAGUAGACGAGAAGGACGCAAAGGCUGCCGAGGCCAUUCUCCGAUUUGCCCUGUUCAAGGAAGUCGUUGAGGAUGAGAGACGCAAGAGACGAAAGACUGCCAAUAUACCCGAAUCAGACUCCGAUUCAGAAGACUCUGACAACGAUGAGGAAGGAGAUUACACACCACGCCGAAGGACAACCCAGUCAGCUGCAGGAACUCGAUCCAGCAACCGACCGGGCCUCAGGGGCUCCAGGGCAACGUCUACUCCUGGAGGAAACGGUGCAAAUGACGAAGACGAUGACGAUGAUGAUGAUGACCAGGACGGCAGAUACAAUGCUUCUCCUAGUGGGCGGGCACCGCCAUCUUCAUCAAGACAGACACGAAGCCAACAAACACAAUCCCAAUCGCAAAUGUCCGUGGCAUCGUCUCAGCCAGCAUCGCAGCUGCUUCAAUCUCAGGAGACAGACAAUACAGAGUCUCAAGAGGAUAUCCUGGCGAAAGCGGUUGCAGCGUCGGCCUCUCUACCUCCGCUUCCACAACCUCGUCUGCACACCUUCCGACAAGCUCUCGGCCCACUUAUGCGGUCCGAUCUGUUCCAUGGAGAUUCUGCGGAUGUGAUGAAGGUCGUUGAGGCCGUGAACACCUCAAUACAGUCGUCCAGCGCAGGGAGUGGCGGCGUGUUUGAGCUGACUGAGGCACUCCAGGCUUUGGCCGUGAUGAACGACCGGAAUGAAAUCAUGUAUCUUGGUGAUGAAACCGUUUACCGGAUGUGA